AUGAUUCAAAAAGAAAUAUACGAAAAGACUGUCUAUAAGCAAGAAAAUAAAUCCAAUGAGCUUUUACCAUAUUCUAAAAUAACCAGGAUUUUAAAACUUGCAACUGACAAAAAGUUUUCAAAAGAAUCGGUUCAAUUAAUACAACAUUCUAUAACGAAUUUUGUUAAGGAAAUUUCAAAACUUUCAGAAAAACAAUCGAGAAUUCGGUCUAAAAAAGCGGAUAAAGAUCAAAGUGUUACCAUUCAAAAGGAAGAUGUCAUUGCAGCGAUCCAAAAGGAAUUGCAUAGUAUAGAUAUUCGGUUCAAAGAAAUUAACCACUGCUUCUCCUUUAUUACCAUGUCUGAUUCACAUGAAAUAUUUAUGGAAGAUAUUUCUCUUCUUCCUGGAUGGAUAUUGCGAAAUUUAUCAUUGAUGCGUGAAAUUGAUAAAAAAAGUAAUGAUAUACAAAUUACACUUAAGGAAAGACGGAACAAAUAUUUGGAUGAUUUAUGCAAAAGAGCUGACCUAAACUCCCAGAAUAUAGAUGAAGAUGCCAAAAUUUCCAAAAUUAACGAAAUUAACGAAUUACAGAGGGAACUAAGAGCACUUUUAAAAGAAAAGAUCGCAAUAUCAGACCAAAGUGUCCACUAUAUUAGAUAUGAUGGUGAAAUUUUAAAAAAGCACUAUGAACAACUAAGGGAAUCAUUGGCAGAAAAUUAUAUGAAUAACAACGAAUCUAACUCAUCUAGUAAUUAUUCAGGAAGGGUUAGUUUUCAAGGUCAAGUAAACUUUCGAAACUCAAGUACUGGUAACGCUAUUCAUAAUAUUGCGAAUGAUCUAAAUAAUCAUGACUCACAUACUAAUCGCAACUCAAUUUCUGCGGCAGGUAAUUCUAAUCAUUGGAAUGAUGAAUCACAGACUGAAGAGCAAAACUCUGGGCCUACAAAUAAAUCAUCCUUCACCAAUGAUAGUAGUAACCGAGCAUCAAAGAGACGAAGAUCAUCAAAUACAACCCAUGUUAAAGACGCGGUUGAUCAAAUUUCCAAGAGCAUUAAUAAUCAUGUUGAUACCUCAAAUGAUCUAAAAACAGAUCAAUUGACUUCAUUAAAUAAUAAUAAAAAUAAGCUCUGCUCAACUUGUGAAGGAAUUGAACUGAUUAGUAAUAAGUUUGUUCAGUGUGAAUAUUGUUUGAAUCAAAUACAUAUUACAUGUAGUUGGUCAAACGAUCCUUAUCUCUGUCGAAAAUGCUGUAAAAAACGCUCUGUUCAACCCUCAAGUACGUAUGAUAUUGAAUAUUCGGUUUCACUUCUAAAUACGCCUAAAUCAGAUAGCACUAAAAUUUCAAAAAGCUCAAGAAAAAAGUAG